AUGCUGUGGGUCGACGCACACCGGCCGACGAGCCUCGACCGCCUAGACUUCCACCCAAACAUCAGCGAGCGACUGAAGCGCCUCGCCUCGUCCGAAGAACUACCGCAUCUUCUCAUCUAUGGUCCAUCUGGGGCUGGGAAGAAGACCCGUGUGAUGGCCCUGCUUCGAGAACUGUACGGGCCCAAUGCACUAAAGACUCGAUUGGAGCACAAGACGUUCAAGCACCCGUCGAGAAGCACAAAAGUGGAGAUCACGACAGUGGCUUCCAACUACCACAUUGAAAUGAACCCGUCAGAUGUCGGCAACGACGACAAAUUGGUGGUCCAGGAACUCAUCAAGGAGAUUGCCAUGUACCGUCUCGCAGACACGAAUGCGACCAAGAAUUUCAAGGUCGUGGUGCUAGUCGAAGUGGAUUCGCUGUCCAAGAACGCCCAGCAUGCUUUGCGUCGAACUAUGGAAAAGUACACGGCGUCGUGCCGCCUCAUUCUGUGCUGCAACAGUCCGUCCAAGGUGAUUGAUCCGUUACGCAGCCGUUGCCUCGGCAUUCGCAUCGGGGCUCCAACUCACGACGACAUCACGCGAGUCCUCCAAAAAGUGUGCGAGAAGGAAUCGUUGACUUUCUGCCCACCGCUUGCGGUUGAGAUUGCCAAGAAAUCAGAGAGAAACCUCCGACGCGCUCUGCUUAUGCUGGAAACCUGUCGUGUGCAGCAGUACCCGUUCUCUCCGACGCAACCCAUUCAGCUGCCCGAGUGGGAAGAGUAUAUUUGUGGGCUUGCCAAGGACGUCCUCCAGGAACAAAGCCCAGGCAGCCUCCUUCGCGCGCGAGACAAGUUUUAUGAACUCUUGUCCAACUGCAUCCCGCCGGACGUCAUCCUCAAAGUUCUGUGCCGCGAACUCACGGCACGCCUCGACGACGACCUCAAGCACGACCUCGCCCACUACGCAGCCUUCUAUGAACAUCGCAUGCAAUGCGGGCAAAAGCCGAUUUUCCACCUCGAAGCGUUUUUGGCCAAGUUCAUGACGAUUUACAAGAAAUUCCUGCUCGACUUUUACAUGUAA